AUGAAAAGAAAAAGAAAUGAAAAAAAAAAAGACGAAAAAAAAAAGAAGAAAAAAGAUGAAAAAAAAAAGAAGAAAAAAAGACAAAAGGAAAAGAAGGAAAAAAGAAACAAAAAAAAAACCCCCGAAAUAAAGAAAAGAAAGGAAAAAAAAAAGAAAAAAAAAAUUGUUGGUUUCAAAAUAAAAGAAAAGAAACUAAAAAAAAAAAAAUACAAACCUGUUCAAAGCGAAGCAAAAAGCAAAAAGCGAAAUGAAAAGCGAAGCAAAAGUCGAAGCAAAAAGCAAAGCGAAAAGCAAGACGAAAAGCAAAGUGAAAAACAAAGUGGAAAGCAAGACAAAGAGCAAAGCAAAAAGCAAGACAAGUGA